UCAUACCAAAGCUCAUGGUUUUUUUUUUCUUUUUCUCUCUUUCUUUCAAUAUUUUCUUCGAUGAUAAGUUAACGAUGUCGAUGAAUGAUUACGACAGCAAAAUGUUAUCCAAAAAAGUGGAUGCGUUUUUAAAUUUCUUUUUAUAAAAAACAAUGAUCAGAGUUAAUAAUUUUGGUUUUGGCGUUUCGAUGCGAACUUUCCAACUCCCAUCAUCUCCACGUUCUCUACUAUGCUAUUUAUUUAAUCUUUGUUUUUUUCCUUUUUAAUAAAUUCUCUGAUAAUCUGAUCGUCUUUUACUAGGUAAAGAAUAGAUAAGACUGGUGGUUGAGUUUUUGCCUUCUUCUCCAAUCGUUACAGAUUGUUGGGGACAAUUCUCUCCGUAGCAGUACUGUUAUUAAGAACAGAUCUUUGUUAAAUGGGGUCGGAAGGGCCUCCAUCGGUUACGAUUCAUGUAACAGGGUUUAAGAAGUUCCAUGGAGUUUCUGAUAAUCCAACUGAGACGAUAGUGAACAAUCUCAAGAAGUAUAUGGAGAAGAAUGGUUUGCCAGAAGGUCUAACUCUUGGGAGUUGCAGCAUUCUUGAGACUGCGGGGCAGGGAGCUCUCGACUUGCUACAUAAGACGUUGCAAUCUGCUGUAGAGGGGAAGGGUUCUGAACCUACCAAUUCUAGAAGAAUCAUCUGGCUUCACUUGGGAGUGAAUAGUGGUGCUUCAAGAUUUGCUAUCGAACGCCAAGCCUUUAAUGAAGCCACUUUUCGUUGUCCUGAUGAAAUGGGAUGGAAGCCUCAGAAAGUGCCAAUUGUACCGGAGGACGGUGAAGUAUCACGUACACGAGAGACCUCUCUUCCAGUGGAGGAAAUAACCAAGACAUUGGCAAAGAAGGGAUACGAAGUAAUGACGUCGGAUGAUGCUGGUCGGUUCGUGUGCAAUUAUGUCUACUACCAUUCCCUCCGCCAAGCAGAAGAGAACGGCAUCAAAUCACUAUUUGUUCAUGUUCCUCUCUUCUUAACUAUAGAUGAAGAGACCCAGAUGCAAUUUAUUGCUUCCUUGUUAGAAGUUCUUGCAUCUUCAAGUUAUUAGGUUACCAAUGUAUAGGAGGAUGUAUUGGGGUGAUGCUUGUUUGUCAAGAUGCUUGAAUAAAAGAAAUAAUAAUAUGCUUUAAGGGCUAAUGUAUGUAUUUCAAAAA